AUGUCCAACUCACUCGACCAGCUCAAGGCCUCGGGGACCACCGUUGUGUGUGACUCUGGUGACUUUGCUACCAUUGGCAAGUACAAGCCUCAAGAUGCCACCACCAACCCCUCCCUGAUCCUGGCUGCCUCCAAGAAGGCUGAGUACGCCAAGCUCAUCGACGAUGCUAUUGCCUACGCCAAGAAGCAAGGCGGCUCGGUCGACGAACAAGUCGAUGCUUCGCUGGACCGUCUCCUGGUUGAGUUCGGCAAGGAGAUCCUCAAGAUCAUCCCUGGCAAGGUCUCGACCGAGGUCGACGCCCGCUUCUCCUUCGACACCAAGGCCUCGGUUGACAAGGCUCUGCACAUCAUCAAGCUCUACGAGGCCGAGGGCAUCUCCAAGGACCGCGUCCUCAUCAAGAUCGCCUCCACCUGGGAGGGCAUCAAGGCCGCCGAGAUCCUGCAGCGCGACCACGGCAUCAACUGCAACCUCACCCUCAUGUUCAGCCUCGUCCAGGCCAUCGCCGCCGCCGAGGCCGACGCCUUCCUCAUCAGCCCCUUCGUCGGUCGCAUCCUGGACUGGUACAAGGCCGCCCACAAGAAGGAGUACAAGAAGGAGGAGGACCCCGGUGUCGAGUCAGUCAAGAACAUCUUCAACUACUACAAGAAGUUUGGCUACAAGACCAUCGUCAUGGGCGCCUCGUUCCGCAACACUGGUGAGAUCACAGAGCUUGCUGGCUGCGACUACCUGACAAUCUCGCCCAACCUCCUCGAGGAGCUCCUCAACUCGACCGAGCCCGUCCCGAAGAAGCUGGACGCCCAGGCCGCCUCCUCUCUCGACAUCCAGAAGAAGACAUACAUCAAGGAUGAGCCCCUGUUCCGCUUUGACUUCAACGAGGACCAGAUGGCCGUCGAGAAGCUACGCGAGGGUAUCAGCAAGUUUGCGGCCGAUGCCGAUACGCUCAAGGGCAUUCUCAAGGAGAAGAUCCAGGCAUAG